ACACACACACCUUUCUUACAAAUACCUCAUUCUCCACUUCCAAUCUCCAACACACUAACAAACAAAUCUCUUUCUUUCUCUCUCUUCUCCUGUUUUUGGUUUUGAUUUUGACUUCACAUUUCGUCUCUGAAUUUCUAUGGAUCUUCAAUGGCUUCUCGAUUUCCUUCAAGGUAUGACCAAGCCUUUUCUCGCCACCGCCAUUGUCGUUCUCGCUGUUCUUCUCUCUUACUUCCAGAAGCUCGGCCUCGAAGCCGAAAUGAUUUACGCCAUUUUUAGAGCCUUUCUUCAACUCUCUGUUAUUGGCUUUGUUCUCCAGUUCAUCUUCAGCCAGCAAAACCUGUCUUGGAUCCUUCUCGCCUAUCUCUUCAUGGUGACGGUCGCCGGGUACACAGCGGGGCAGCGUGCAAAGCACGUGCCUCGAGGAAAGUUGGUGGCCGGAGCUUCAAUUUUGACCGGAACUUCAGUGACUAUGGUGAUGCUUGUGGUGUUGAGAGUAUUCCCUCUAACUCCCAGGUAUAUAAUUCCCGUUGCCGGAAUGAUGGUUGGAAAUUCCAUGACAGUCACCGGAGUCACCAUGAAAAGACUCAGAGAUGAUAUCAGAACUCAAUUCAGCCUUGUGGAAACUGCGUUAGCUCUUGGAGCAACACCACGGCAGGCAACGCACCAGCAAGUAAAAAGGGCGUUGGUGGUAGCGUUGUCGCCGGUUGUGGACAACGCAAAGACAGUGGGGCUGAUCUCGCUGCCGGGGGCGAUGACGGGACUGAUAAUGGGCGGAGCUUCUCCAAUCGAAGCCAUUCAGCUGCAAAUUGUGGUGAUGAACUUUUUGAUCGGAGCUUCCACAGUCAGCAGCAUUAUGUCCACUUACCUUUGCUGGCCUUCCUUCUUCACCGCCGCCUACCAGUUGGAAACCGCCGUCUUCACGGCCGCUUGAUUUCAUUUCCUAUUUCAAGUACAAAUUUAUGAUUCCAUUUCUUUUCAAGAGGUAGUCUUUUUUUCCUUGGAGUUUAAAUGUAAAUUCAAUUAGCCUACUUUUGGUUUUUGCUCAUAGUCUUUUACUUUAUAUUUUAUUCGAGGGCGAGAGUUUUGAUUUA